AUGGCGGCUGAGGGGAAGAGGAAGGGCGUCCCGGCGCUAGGGUGGUGGCUGAUGCUGGUCGGCUCCCUCCGCCUCGCCUCCGUCUGGUUCGGCUUCUUCGACAUCUGGGCGCUCCGCGUCGCCGUCUUCUCGCAGACGGAGAUGACUGAUGUUCAUGGCCGUACUUUUGGUGUCUGGACUCUUCUGACCUGCACGCUGUGCUUCCUUUGUGCACUGAACCUAGAAAACAGGCCUCUGUAUCUGGCCACCUUCCUAUCAUUCAUCUACGCUCUUGGUCAUUUCCUCACGGAAUACUUGAUAUACCACACCAUGGCUGCAACAAAUCUGAGCACAGUUGGCUUCUUUGCAGCCACUCUGAUCAGUUCUCUGAUUUAUUUAUAUAGGAACGUCAAUCAUAUGGAUGCUUCUUCAGUGGAAUUCUCAUGGGAAUCCUCGAUGUUCCCAUGCCGUGAAGCAAUCAUGAUUGAUGCUUGGGCUGUUAGCUUGAUGUGGUGUGGGCCUCUGGGGGAGGAAGGAUGCCUGAAGGAAGCUUGCUGGGAAGCCACCUGA